AUGGAUUUCUCGAAAUUUUUCGAUGAUGAAUUCAAUGUUACUGACUGGCUUAAUCAAGCGUUUCGAUUACAAAAAGAAUCGAAUCAAAAUGUUGAUAGUUACACAGGAACAUUAAUAACAAAGCUACAAAUGUAUAUUCAAGAAAUGAAUAAUUCAAUUGAAGAAACAAGUCAACAAGCUAUUCAACAAUUUCCUCGAGUUCUUCGUGAAAUUGAUGUUCUUAGGCAUGAAGCAACUUUAUUACAAGACCAAAUGCGUACAGUACGAGGUGAUAUUCAAAAAGUCAAUCAAGAUACAGCAGAUGGAAUGCGAAAUUUAAUCCAAUUAGAUUUAGUUAAAAAUCGUAUUCAAUCAGCAUCAAAAGCAUUACAAGAAGCAGAUAAUUGGGUUACAUUAUCAGCUCAAAUUGAAGAUACAUUUGACUCAAAAGAUACUGUACAAAUAGCAACAAAAUUAAUAGCUAUGCAACAAUCAUUAAAAAUUCUUACCGAUGUUCCUGAUUAUGCUGAUCGUGUUAAACGAUUAGAAACAUUAAAAGAUCGUCUUGAAGCAUUGAUGAGUCCAACAGUUGUACUUGCUUUUAAUACACAAGAUGUUGAAAUGGCUCGAUCAUUUGCACAAGUAUUUCAAUCGAUGGAUCGUGCAGAACAAUUAGAAGAUUUAUACGUAACAUCUGUACAAACUCGUCUUGAUGCACGUAUUAAAGAAAUAAUUGAUAGUGCUAAUGGUGAACAUGAAUCAAUUUUUAUUGCAAUUUAUGAUUAUUUAUUGAAUGUUUGGCAAGAUGAGAUACGUUGGUCUACAAAAAUUUUUAAUCAUCCAAAUCGCGUUACACUUUCAAUCGUAUUAAAUGGUCUUAAAACUUUUCAUAGUAAAUAUAAAAAUCAAUUUAAUACAGAACUACAAUGUCAACAAACACCAUCAUCAAAAAAACGACUCGAUAUAUUAAUUGCAUGUAAACGAGUAAGUUAUAGAAAAGUAGAAAAAAAGAAAAAGAAAAUCAAAGGUGACAAAUAA